AUGGAAGAUCAAAAGAAGAGGAAACAUAAUGGUGGAAAUAGGAGUAGAUAUCAAAGACAAUAUAAAAGAGAUGCAAAGAGGAAUAGAUAUGGAGAUCAACACGAUGAUCAAGACUUUGAGAAACAGCCAGAUAAGGACUCUUUGCCAACUCCAGUGUGUCCAUUGUGUCUGAAUGAGAAUACUGUUCAUUUCAGCUCGGCAUUCAAAAAGAACUACUACUCGUGUACUGUGUGCACUCUGGUCUUUGUCCAUCAACACUAUCACGUCACAGAGGACAAGGAGAAGACACGCUAUCAAUUCCACAAUAACUCCCCACUGGACAAGAAGUACGUCUCAUUCCUACAGCCCGCAUUCAACAGUCUGUUGCCACUGUUGCCAACUGGUGCUCGUGGUCUCGACUAUGGCUGUGGACCUGGACCAGCACUCAGUCUGAUGUUUGGCGAGAAGGGACACACGAUGGAGAACUACGACCCAUACUUUAUGCCCAACGACAAGGUGAAGCAAGUUGAGGAGGGCAAGACGAUCGAGCCAUUCGAUUUCGUCACGUGCACAGAGGCCAUCGAGCACUUUAGACGACCAAAGGAUGACUUGGACAAGUUGCUACUGAAGGGCAUGGUCAAAACUGGUGGACAUCUGCUCUUUAUGACACAAUUCCUCAAGAACGAUGAGAUGUUCGCCACAUGGCACUAUCCUCGAGACAUCACUCAUAUAUGCUUCUUCCGUGGUUCUACAUUCCAAUGGAUUGCCAAACAUUAUCAAUGUGAAUUGACAUUACUUGAUAAUGAGAACAUUGCAAUAUUGAAGCCAACUGAAUCAACUUUGUCAUCAUCCUCUUCAACAUCAACAACUUCAACAUCAACAACAUCAACAUCAACAACUUCAACAACUUCAACUGACACAUCAUCAGACAAUGCAACCUUGACCACCAUCAGCAACCCUAUAACAAAUGAACAAAAGGAUGAAUAUAAAGCAUAA